UUUCCCGCCAAAAACCUAAAAGCCAACACAAAACCCAAUACUGCAACAAACACCAAACCAGGAACAGAAAGGAAGAGUAGACAAAGAAAAAAGAAGAAGCAGAGCUGCAGAGAAGAGAAUUUCCAUCAAUGAGCGAAGAGAAACAGUAUUGGCUUCUGAAGACAGAGCCAGGAGAGUGGUCGUGGGAGGACCAAGCAGCCAAUGGGGGCUUAACCAAGUGGGAUGGUGUAAAAAACAAGCAAGCCCAGAAGCACCUCAAAUCCAUGAAACUCAGUGACCUCUGCUUCUUCUACCACUCCGGCGCCAAGGCCCGCCGUGUAGUCGGCGUUGUGACUGUUGUUCGGGAAUGGUAUUCAGACGGCGGCGAUGAUGGGAUGGUGGAUGUGAAGGCGGUUGGGGAGAUGAGGAGGCCGGUGGACUUAAAGGAGAUGAAGGGGGAGAAGGGGCUCAAGGGUUUUGCUCUGUUUAGGCAGCCGAGGCUGUCGGUGGUACCGGUUCCUGAGGAUGUGUGGAUUAGGGUUUGUGAUUUGGGAGGUGGGUAUCAAGGUGAUGGUAUUGUUUUAGAGAGCCAUGAUAGUGAUGGUGAAUCUGGUGAGGAAGAAGACGGUUGAUUUGGAGGGUUUUUUGUGUGUUGUUUUUUGCAUGGUAGGUGUUUGUGAUUAUGUCACAAUGUCCUAAGUGACUUGUACUAUUUUGGUAGUGUCAAUGGGAAAUAGUACUUUUUAAGUGAUUGUACUUCAUGGUUUUGUUUGAUCAUGAAAAGGGAAAACUUGUACCUUGGCGUGUAAUUAGUAGGCUUUUAACAAGCACAAAAUGAAUGUGAGCUACACUUUGCUCAUUUCUGUGUCUCAUUGUUAAGCUCUCUAUAUUUGAAUAUUCAACCCACUCUCUAAUCUUCUUCUGUAAUUCAUAGUUCCCAGAAGAAAAUUUGUAAUGUUCUGUUAUCAUUUGUAAUAUCCAUUUGGAAGGAGUGAGGGCAGAUAUGGUUGAUGUGAAAGGCAGUUGGGGAAAUGAGGAAGGCAGUGGAGGAGAUGAAGUCUGAAUGGAUUUGCUCUGUUUAUUCAGCCGAAGCUUUUGGUUGGCAAUUUCUAGGCAAGUUCAUUAAAUUUUGCUAAUUGUUUUCGUUUUCUUUUUGUCUGAUAAUGAAAGGGGAAAAUAGUAAUUUCCUGUAAACUUCUUUGGCCGACUCCACUGUACGUUGAUCAUUCGAUGGCAUCGUUGACCUUGCAAAGCAUAGCAAUAAACUUCAGAACUCUACUCAUUCUCAAAUGAAAGCCAUAUCCAUCCAUCCAUCCAUCUGCAGAAGAAAAUCAAAUUGACGGAGUGGACUGGGUGGAGAAAUCGAUCAAUUACUGUUUACUUGGUGCAAUCCAAAGCAGAAACAAUGCCAUCAAAACUCUUGCAAUUGUUCUCAAUGUUGCCAUGCUUGGGAAAGGAGGGAAGAGAUGCUGAUAUUGAGUCAUCAUACUACAAGAAUCUGAGCAAAUUAUUAGAGGAUCUCAUUGCUUCUUGUGAUGGUACAUCUCAUCCUGUUCAUUGUUACUCUGCGGAUGACCUCAUCAGGGCAACCAACAACUUCCAUCCGUCUUGCAUUGUACGAAAGGAUUUAAACUACACAAUGUUCAGGGGAUUUCUAAACGACCAGUUGAUUAUCAUUGCCAGGUACUCCAUUGGGAGCUUGCCCCAUGACUCAGGGGGCAAUGAGGAUGAUGUUAGGUCCCGGGCAAUUCGCGACAUUGUUGUUUCAAUACAUAUGAGCAACCAUGAGAAUGUUUUGAAACUCUUGGGC